AUGGCAUCCACCGUGGACGUUGCGUUAUUGCAGUUUUCUCUGUGGGGCGACAAGACCCCAACCAGUCUGAGCUUCGUCGCUCCUGUGAUGGCCAAGGCAGAAGAAGAUCUGGCGACUUACAAGGAUGUUAUGAAUAUAACCAGAGUCGUGAUCUAUGACCGCAACGUGACAACAUGCGACGGGAUGGACCAGAAAGCUACAUUCUGGGCCACACGCUAUUAUUACCAUAAUUUGGUUGGACAUCCUGUCCUGGGGAUAUUUGGCCCCGGAUGCCGAACAGCUGCUUCUUCUGUAGCCUCUUUGGCUAGAGAAUGGAAUACUCUGAUGUUAGCUACCACAUUCGAAGAUUAUGGUUUAUCCAACAAGAAGCGUUAUCCAACACUAACCAACUUCUCUCCCUAUAUUCAUCAAAAUCUGAAUGUGUUCCUGUACAGAGUAUUAGAUCACUUCAGCUACAGCACCGUGGGAAUCUUAUGUGAUGAUGCCAAUGAUAAUUUGGGUUUAUAUGUGUCAACGUGUACAGGCGUAUUCGAUACUCUUCGUCUGCAGUAUAACGCCAGCGCCAGCCGGUUCUACGUAAAUGCUACAGACGAGCAAAAUGUCAAGUUUUAUUUGGAAGAGAUAAAAGCGAUUACUCGAGUUGUCAUCAUCAUUGCCCAUGGCGACCGGAUUCGUCCGAUCAUGCUGGCAGCGUUUGAUAAGAAGAUGACGGAGGGCGAUUAUGUCUAUUUCGCAUUUGAACCUUAUCCAAGCAAAAAAUUUUUCGGUAGUAUUCCUUCGGAUACUGGAGACAGCGAUAAGCGUGAUGCGGAUGUCCGUACCGCAUUUCGUUCACUCUUCGUAUUAUCUCUACGCAAACCGUAUGCCACGCCUGAGUACCGCAAUGUUAGAGACGAAAUAAAGCGACGGUCGCAAAGCAGCUUCGACUACACGUAUGCCACUGGAGAGGAAGUCAACCAAUUUGCCAUGGCGUACUAUUACGCCCUCGCCAUUUACGCCAAGGUGGUAAACCACACUAUCGCGGCUGGAGGAAAUCCUCAUGAUGCGUAUUCAAUGAGCAAACUGAUGUGGAACCGCACGUACACCAUUUUAGGCCAAGACAUUACCAUUAGCGCUAACGGCGAUCGCGAGACGGACUGGACACUGAACCAGUUAGAUGCCGAAACCGGCAUGUUUUUGCCAGUUAUGGAAUAUUCUGCCAAGCGCAAAAUCGUGGAACCCUCUCGUGACCCAGUGGAUAACAGCACCCGCCAAAUUGUGUGGUACAACCGUGAUAGCCCGCCUCCUAAUGAACCAAAAUGUGGCUAUCGUGGAAUUAAACCAGAAUGCGAUGCUAUAAAACCACCUAAUCAAUACCCGCAGCUGGCAGCCGCUGUCUUAAACCUGUUUGAAGUGGUGAAAGGAAUGCUCUAA